ACGCUCGCUGGGAAAUGGGGAAGCUGACCGGAACCAUGGCGCGGGAACUCCAGGACGUGGACCUCGCGGAGGUGAAGCCACUGGUCGAGAGAGAUGAGACCAUCUCAGGACUCCUCCAGGAGUUUGAUGUUCAGGAACAGGACGUAGAGUCGUUACACGGCACCGUCCACGUCACGCUAUGCGGGACUCCAAAAGCGAAGAGGCCCGUCAUCCUCACGUACCACGACAUUGGAUUGAAUCACAAAACAUGCUACAACCCACUCUUCAAUUCGGAGGACAUGCAAGAGAUCACCCAGCACUUCUCCGUGUGUCACGUAGAUGCCCCCGGGCAGCACGAUGGGGCCGCCUCUUUCCCAGCGGGGUACGUGUAUCCUUCCAUGGAUCAGCUGGCGGAAAUGAUCCCUGCGAUUCUUCAGCAAUUUGGGCUGAAGAGCAUCAUCGGGAUGGGGACCGGAGCUGGCGCUUACAUCUUAACCCGCUUUGCGCUAAACAACCCAGAGAUGGUGGAAGGGCUCGUCCUCAUCAACAUCAACCCCUGCGCUGAAGGAUGGAUGGAUUGGGCGGCCACUAAGAUUUCCGGAUGGACCCAGGCUCUCCCAGAUAUGGUGCUGUCCCACUUGUUUGGAAAGGAAGAGCUGCAGAGCCACGAGGAAGUGGUCCACACGUACCGCAAGCACAUCGUAGAUGACAUGAAUCAGAGCAACCUGCAUCUCUUCAUCAACGCCUACAACAGUCGGAGAGAUCUGGACAUCGAACGGCCAAUGCCAGCGGUUCCCACGGUCACCCUCCAGUGUCCCUCUCUUUUGGUCGUGGGGGACAACUCUCCAGCAGUGGACGCCGUGGUGGAAUGCAACUCUAAACUGGACCCAACGAAGACAACGCUCCUCAAGAUGGCAGAUUGUGGCGGUCUCCCCCAGAUUUCCCAGCCUGCAAAGCUCGCAGAAGCUUUCAAAUACUUUGUCCAGGGGAUGGGAUACAUGCCCUCUGCCAGCAUGACCCGCCUCAUGAGGUCCCGCACAGCCUCAGGUUCCAGCGUCACCUCCCUGGAGGGCUCCCGCAGCCGCUCCCACACCGGGGAAGGGUCCCGCAGCCGUUCCCACACGGGCGAGGGUUCCCGCGGCCGCUCCCACACGGACACCCGCCUGGAUAUCACUCCAAACGCCGGGGACAACUCUGGGCCCAAGGCCAUGGAACUCUCCAGUUAGAGGUGCAAAGCCGCUUUCCUGGCUCUGAAUUGGAACUGAAAGCUCAAAUAGCUGCCUGCCCCCCCUCCCCCCCCGUACCCUCCCACCCCCUUUUCCCUCAUCCCAGGGUACCCCCCAACACACAUAACUUGGCAUUAAUCCGACGCUUCUUUCCUAAGGGUGAGUUUGGGCAAAAACGUGGUGGGGGAGGUUUUUCUUGAAGGGGACCAAAGAAAGCAAGCAUCUCAAUGGCUUGAGUUUCAUUCAUUUCUUUACCUAAUUGCUGGUGGCUCCAAUUUUUGCCCUCCCCCUGAUGCCAAACUCUCAAAGGAUAUUUGCCAAAAAAAGAAUGUGGCAGUAAAAUACUUAAAAAAAAAAAAAAAAGAAAAAAGCAACUUUUUUUUUUAACAUGGGGCAGCCUGGAUUUAGACUAGAAUUUAUCCAAGCUCCGGUCUCCCUAUAUCCUGUUUUUCUUUGCACCUAAAGAAAACUGACCUCCUUGUGACACAAACUACACUACUUGGAUGUAGGGGAGGAAGAGAGAAAUGCAUUGUGGGUGACUUUUUUUUUCUUGGGGAAGAAAAAGAGGGGCUUGCAUUGAAGCUGGAGUUUUUUUGCAAACUCAAACUGUAUAGUUCACUUAAUAUUUAAAAAUCAUAUAUUGUGCAUUUAUAAUCCUUUUAAUCCAGUAGUGUGUAAGCCCAUUUCUCUUACGUUCUUUUUAACCAUCAGCUAAGAUAGGCACCUAAAAAUGCCAACAAGAUCCCAGCUGAUUGCAUUUCAGAAAUUAAGCUUGGUCACAGUGACUCCUUUUUUUCCCCCGUCUCCUCUCUUUUUUCCUUUUAUAAACAAGCGGGAGAGACAUUGUCUCCCCAAGGUGGCCAGAUGGGGCUGAGUGGGGAAAUACAUCUCUGCUGUUCGGUUCAGAGUUUAAAUGUUUAGAGCGACCAAGCGAGCUGGUCUUGCAUCCUCUGGGGGAGUGAUGUUCUCUCUGACACGGUGGAGACGAAACCAUGGGAUUUUGUGAACUGAACCUAAUCCGGCUUCUAAUUGUGUUGUCGAAUAAGUCUGAGGUCUGUGGUAUAGCCUCUAAUGGUUGCUGUGUGUCUUGACUUCCACUAAUGCUUCUAGAGUUCAGAUGGAACUUUUUCCUGGAAAAAAAGCACGUGAUGGGAAAGAUGGCGAGAGAAGGGGGAGAAGGUUACAUCUGGAAUCCAUUUUACUGGGUGACCAUCAACAGCGAAGGACCUGAUGACCCCAAUUCCCGGGCUGGUAGUUUGGGGGUGGAGAGGUCUCCCCUCUAAAGAAACCCUAUAACUGUUAGAUCUACCCCCUGCCUUCAUUCCCGGAGAUUCCCGAGGAAACCAGCAGGUUUGCUAAGGAACCCGGCCCCACUGAGAGUGGUCGACUGGCCUGGGACAAUCCAGUUCCAAACACACCCCCAGUGUAGAAUGGUGUUAGUUCAUGGGAGGAGCAGGAUGAGACAUUGAAAACUACUAGGCAAGGCCUAUCCAGAAGAGUUUCUUAAUUAAAUAUUUGUAUUUAUUUCCAAACCAAUAAAUUUGUAACUUUGCAA